AGAACCCUUACUGGAUCUGUUGACGGAAAUGACGCAAACACUUUUGAAAGCUCGCGCUAAGUGUUAGUUCGUGUGGAGCAGGAGGAAGGCCAAAUAAACCCGAACACACCCAGCUUUCCCACCGCAGCGCCGCGAGCAGCUCCCAGAUAAACCUAAACUUAACUAAAGGGUUGUGCAGUAAUGAAGAGAGCGGACAGACCUCAAAUAAAGGACACAGCGAUUCCCACACAUCCAGGGUUCAGAAAGGCAAACGUCAGGACCGAUGCAGAGUUUGCAGCACGGAAGAUCCCAGGAAAGGGUCUUAAAGGACCUUCAACAAAAUAUGGACAGCACACUGAUGUAAAGGAACAGAAUAGACUAUUGGUGGCAACAAAUGAAGAUUUGCAGAGACAGAUUUCAGAAAUUAAGGAAUAUGUGGCUGGAUUAGAACAGCAGUGCAGUGAUGUGCAGAAAGAAAACAUUGAAACUAAGGAGAAGCUCCGGGACUGCCAUGCACUUCUGAUGGCAGAAAAACUUGAUCCAGUUUCAGGGAGAAGAAUUGAUGGAACAGCAGAGGAGAAAGAAAGUCAAAGGAAAGAACUCAUGCAGACAAUUUCCCAAAACUUGCUGACAGAGCUGAGGUUGUUUGAUGAAGUUGCGAGUGAGCAUGGAAGACAUUUAACAGAGGUGCAGAACACCAUGAGAAGUCUUAAGGAAGCCAGAGAAAAGCUGUGUGUGAACAGGGAGUCGUUUAGUGUGGAUGCUGAGGAGAUGGAGAAAGUGCUGGGUGAGGCAGAGAGACUGCUGUUAGAAUAAAAGCUAAAUUUCUGUCUAAAGGCAAAGUUUUCACACCUUUCACUUUUUUUUUAACUAGUGAUGAAUGUGCUUUUGUUUAAAAAAAUCAUUUUGUUUAAUAAAG